AUGACAAGCCUGUCGCGGUUUAGUGGCUGCCCUCUUUCUUGCGUCAACCCUGGGGAUAGCAAUACUGAACCCAGCGUGGUGCUGCCACCUUUGGCAGAGGAGCACAUGUGGCACCCCACUGGCAAUUCCUUAAAACUCUGCCCCUCGCAACAUUUUCGAGACAACCACGAGACGAGGGCCAGUGCAUAUGUUGACCAACCGGUUACACAUUUUACAGACACUGGAUACACCAGUCACCGCUUGGAACCCAGUCCUAGAGGCAUUCUCAUUGGGACCAACCUGUCAGGAACAGGCAUGCCACCAGUAACUGAUCAGCUGGCACCGAUACCUAACCAACAUGGCACUGUUGGAAGGUACCGUGACCUCCACGGCUAUAGGGAUGGCAGGAGCCACGCAUUCUUCACCACGUUUCAAGAGCAGGCCCAUGGCUCUACAGACGCAACUCGAGAUCUCAGCAGCCAAAUGAUGUUGGGUCUUCCAGGAGAUAUUCUCUCAAGAACACACCCAUACGGCCAAUCGCUCAAUGGCCCAUGCAGGGCCAACAGCCAGCAACUCGUCACCCAGUUUUUGGAGUUCUAUAAGCCUCUGAGUAAUAUGCCGCGAGGAGGGUGUGAUGCCUUCCUCAGGUGCUCCAGGCAGAACCCAAAGCACGAGCAUGUCUGCAAGUGGAGUGACGGCCAAGAAGGCACUGGCAAACCGCCCUGCGCUAGGAGUUUCGGGACCAUGUAUGAACUGGUCACCCAUGUGGCGGUUGAGCAUGUCGGUGGACUGGAGCACUCUGACUACGUUUGUCACUGGGAGAAUUGCCCAAGAGGCAGAAAGCCUUUCAAAGCCAAAUACAAGCUCGUCAACCACGUCAGAGUCCACACUGGAGAAAAGCCCUUUCCCUGUCCUUUUCACGGAUGUGAAAAAGUUUUUGCCAGAUCCGAAAACCUCAAGAUACAUAAGAGAACGCACACAGGUGAAAAACCGUUUAAAUGCGAUUUCGAGGGCUGCAAUCGGAGAUUUGCAAACAGCAGUGACCGGAAGAAGCAUUCUCAUGUUCACUCCAGCGAUAAACCCUACACGUGCAAGGUCAGAGGCUGUGAAAAAUGUUACACGCAUCCCAGCUCCCUGCGCAAACACAUGAAACUCCAUUGCAAGGCCUACAGCGCCAAAAUCGACGAAGACGACGAGCACCUUGCAGAGGCCAGGUCUCCUGAGGUGGUAGAACAGCAAGACACAUCCGCCUCCACCGCAGUGACGCGAACGAUGACUGCCUCCUCCCAAGAGACUCUGUCCCUUGAGACACGAAACGAGUCAACUUUUAGGUCACGUUUCCAUCACACGUUUGACAACAGUUUGGACUAUACAGGGCAUAGACCGCAGUCACUUUUGGACCCUCUGUUGCUACAGCGGGGCAGUUGUAGACCUGAGUCUGUACAAUACCCAUGUAACCAACCAAGCCACACGUUCCCACCCAGCCAUAGAACUUUUGCGUCAAAUUCACCUUUCCAAAAAAGUCUUGUAAAUGGCUGGUACACAUGUCACAGCGCCGUGGACACAUUUUCACCUAAAUACUGUAACAGUGACUUAUAAUGUCUGUAAUUUGAAACAGAAGAAAGUGGUGAAUUCAGGUUUAUACUCAGCGCUUAAAGCAUUUACAAGUGACAGAGUGGAGGAGUUCCUCCUCGUGUAAAAUUGCUCUACAGGCUGACUAAAUUUGUUAACGUGAGCUUUCUCUGUUGAAUGCAUUGUGCUCUUGUAAAAUGGAAUUAAACUGUAAAUAGCUUGCUCUGCCUUGCCCUGCAGUGGGCCAGAAUAGGCUACAGAUAAAAAUAUAGAUAAGCUCCCAAAAAUAUUCUUCUUA